CAGGCUUAUAUAAAUAAAAAUGUUGUAUUAGUGAGUGGAAAAGGUGUAAAAAAAUUAAAUAGUAUUAUAAUAAAAAAAACUUUCUUUUUUAAAUGGGUAACAAAUUAACAAAUAAAAUAUGAUGCUUAUAUUGUACUUAACAUUAUAUCAAAACUUGAAAACUAAAUUAUUUACAGAAUUUGCCAUAGACUCUUUUUGACAACUUUGCUCUCACUUUUGUCUAUGUUAUUUCUUGUUAUUUUGGUCCUAGUAUCUUCUGUACACCUAUGAUUGAAGAGACAACUUUUCACAUAAUCUUCAGGAUUCAAAUCACUUAGGAAGGUCCAUUUAUGUUAAUAAACAUUAAAUUAGAAAUAUUAUUUAUCGUUAAACGUCAACGAAGAUCCGUACAAAUGUUAUUCAUAACACUAAAUCCUCUUUCACAUUGUGGUUGAACAUGGAAAUGUUUUAAGAAAGAUGUAGAAUGCAGACAUUACGUUUUUAGGAUCAAUAGUUUGAUUGUAAAUAAUUUUUCUCAUACCGCUAAUAACCUUAUCUUGGUCCAGUGAAAAUAUUUUACAUAAGUAUUUAAUACCAUUUUAUCCAUAUCAAAUAUCUGGGUCCUCGGGCCAAGUUGAUUUUUCCAACACUAAAAUAUUUUUGAAAAUAAUUUUAUUUUCACCGUCAUUGUCAAGAAGUCUUGAUUUUAAGUUAUUUUCAAUGCUUGUCAAAAACUGAUUUUUAUUUAUGCUUAUCAUUUUUUUGUUUGAAGUUAAAUCAAUAUUUUUGAACUUCAUAUCUUUUUAAAAGAAGUUAUAACCCUUAUACAUCUCUUUAGAUUGUUCAACUUGCAUCAUUGUAAUAGUGCGACUUUGAAGUUCAAUUGAUAAGUUGGAUAAUUCCUGAAGGACAUCACACAUAAUAGCUAAAUCAUUAACGAAUCCAGGGCUAGCUAACUUUUUAAGGAGUCCUAGGUAUUUAUUCUUAGUUUUAGAAUCUCUAUUGGAAUCAUUGGAUGCAGUAUAAAAAUGCUUAUAAAGUGCUUAUAAAGUUAUUUAAUUUAAAUUUAUACGCAACAAUAAACCAUUGCUAAUAAAAAACUAUUCGAAGCGGAAUUCGGCAAGACAAAUUUUGAAAUGCCGUAAUUUCGUCUUAAAACGCUUAUCAAAAAACCACUGAAAUACAACCACAAAUACACAUUAUCAGCAAAAGUACCACAAUUCACAAGACAGUGAUUCUUUGAUCUCGAUAAGUAAAUAAAGAACUGGUUACCUGUGGUAGACGAAAUUAAGUAAUACCUAGACACGGGUGCCACCUUUUAAAUCGAAAAAUAAUUUAAAUCAAUAAGCACAACAAAAAUGUGAUAAGUGACAUGCUAGAAAGUACGUCCGCUUUAGUUGAAGGUUGAUACUGUGUAUAUUUUAUUUAAUAUUGUACUUAUUUUCCCUUUUUUUCUUCCAUUUAUUGAUAACUCUUGGAAAAAUUAAAAAUGACCUUAAAGUACCAUGAGUUGUCCACAGAAAUUAAUAAAUAAAAAUCAUUGUAAAUCCAAUUCGUUCCUCGCUCCACUUAGAAUCUAAAACGACAUUGAAAUUGAACUAGGUAUUUAUGUGUUUAAAUUUCUAGUUACAAUUACAACAAUAAUAUACAGAUAAUUACUCUAUAAUCAAUAAAAUAAAAAAGUUUAUAUGGUUAAAAAUACAAAUAUAUUUUAUUUUUAAUAAGGUUAAGGUUAUGUAAAUACUUUAAGUACUUAUUAAAUAAAAACAAAUUAAAAAUUCAACAUAGAAGUUGUUGAAGCACAUGAUAUUUGUGCGUUACCAAUAUUUUCAUCAUAAUUGUCAUUGUUUAAACACGGUGGAAGAUGUAAUUUCUAAACAUAUAAAAUACCAAUUAUCAUUAUAAUUAUUAUGAACAAUUUUGCAGUCUAGUUUUUAAAAUUACAAUAAAUGUAAGGUUUAAUACCAUUUAUAAAUACUUUUUAUAUUCAAAAUAAGCAAAAUAUAAUUUGUAUUUAAAAAUAUAUUUUAAAGAAUUUAUAUAUAAUAUAUUUAUUUUUAUAAAAUUAAUCAACAAGGUAAUAAUUAAAUAAAUAAACUAUGAUAGUGUAAGAUAAAAUAAUAUAAUUAAAAAAAUAUUAAGUAUACCUCAAUACAUAAUUUUUUCCUUGUGAGUUUCGUAGCCCAAUCAACAGAUAACGGUUCAUAUAAAAAUGUAUUAAAUGAUGCUAAUUUACCAAUGAUGAGUUUCCCAUUAUAAUCAGCACAAGAAUUUAAUUCCAUUGGUUUAAUAGUUAGCACUGUAUCGGCAAAAUGUUCAAUUCGACAUUUAUAUAACUGAUACAAACAUAAAAAAAAUUUAUAAAUAAAUAAUACAAAAAAAAAAUACAUACAUCUUACAUCAUUAAUUAUUUGAGUACGAGUUGUUAGAAGGCAAGUAGCAUACGAUGAACGUAUGAGAAUUCGAAGCUUGUACAAAAAGGUAACAACAUCCAUAUCAUUAGAAUCCCAAAUUGGUGAACAUAAAUUACUUAUUGUUAUUCUUAAAAUUCGUCUUUGUUCAACUGGAAUCUUAGUACUAAAACCAUCAGUAGUUAUAAUAGUAUUUAUAUAUUCUAAAAGCUCAGCAUAACUAGUACCUAAACAAAAUGCAAAAUUAAAAAUAUCAAUGAAACACAAUUUUUAACUUUAAUUUUUUUAAACAUAAAAAAAUUGUAGUUCUAAAUUAACAAUUUGUCAGAAAAGGGGAACUUGAUUGUUAAAACAAUACCUUAUUUUUUGAUUUUGGUUAAGUAUAAAUGGAAAGAAAGUGAUCAUAUGCACCCAGAUUCAAUUUUUAAUAUUGAUUUUUUUAUAAUAAAAAUUUACACAAAAUUGAUAAUUUAGAUCUUUUUAAUUUUUUCUUUAUUUAUACUUAGUCUAACAUAAAUUAAAUACAGGGAAUAACUAUAAACAUGAAAGGAAAAUAAUUUCAUAAUACUUCCUUCCAAACUAUAUUGGUAGUGCAUCGAUCCUUAAGUUUAAUUUCUACCUUAACAUUCUUAAAUUAAUUAUCAUGCGAUAGGGCUACAUAUAACUUACCAUGACUGAAGACUAGUUCAGGGGUAAGUAGACUCCUACUCGAUAAAUGGUUUGUCCCUGUGCCUUGUUAAUGGUUACACAGAAUUAUAGGAAAUAGUCUUUGCUUAAAUGAAAAUGGAAAAAAAAUGUCCGAUAGAGAUUCAACUUUAUUGUGCGCAACUAACUCUGCUUCAAGUCAUCUACUUAACUGGUUAAUAACUCAAAUGAAAUAGCUUGAUUCACAGAGUAUUCUUAGAAAAAAACAAACACAGGACCUCAAUUAAAACCGGCGAUAUGAAAAUAUGCAGAACACAGGACUCCCACAAGAAAUGUAUAGGAGACAUCACAUUUGAGUAUAACUUAAGAGAAAUGAAAGGCAGAUUUAUUCUUAUGUUUUUUGCGUUAUCAAUGAAAGAAUACCUUUAAUUAAAAAAAUAAUCACUCAUAUUGGCUGAAUAGAAUUCAAAAUGUUUUAAUAUAAAGAUAUAAUAUAUAUUUUAGGUCUACAACAUUAAAACUUUCUGACAUUUUUAAAAUAAACUCACCAUUCAAUUAAGUGGCUACACUGGACUUUUUCCAAAAAAAAAUUUUUUUUUAACAAAAUAAGAAACAAGCAGCUCUAAACAAUACAUUAAUAUCAUUUUUUGUCAACCUUUUUUAGAGGGUGAAACCAUAACCUAAUUUCAAAUAGUUACCCAUAUUAAAAAUUCCAUAAAUAGACAGAUUAAUUUAUAUCAAUUUUGGUAUUAAAAUGUUUAAGUUAUUUAUGAAAAUCAAAAGUGGAUAGUGGUUUUAACCACAAUAAUAAUAAGGGUGACCAAACUUAUUAUUUUAAAAUUUCAAAAAAAAACCUAAACAGAAAUAAUCGAUUAAUGGAAAAUUUUUAAAAAAUGUGUAUGGUAUGAGUAAAUGGUUGAUCAAUUUAUAUCUAUAUAAUUAAAAUAUAAAUACCAUGCAAUUCUUUAUUUGGCCAAUACUUAAUGUUUUGUAAUUCAUCAACUGGAAUUUUUGCAGACAUAUCAAACGUAUGACCAAAAGAUAUAGAUGUAUGAUGUGGUUUAGAGUCAUAUAGUGGAUUUUGACUAUACCGCCAUGCUAUCUUAAAAUCCUCAGAUGUAUCUGUUGGUUGAAAACUGUCUUCCUGAGUCGGUUUUGGUAAAUCAUUGGUCUAAAACAUUAAAUAAAUUGUAUAAACACUAGUGACUAAUGUUAUAUAAUGAACUUAUUACAACUGGGAAAUAAUCUGACUGGUGACUAGUCUGAUUAAUUUUCGAUUUUGGAAUACCUUACACUCAAAAAUAUAUUUGAAAUAAAUAUUGUAGAAUAAUACAUUGAGUAUAACAAAUGUAAAAAAUUAGUUCCAACAAAAUUAUUUUAACUUAAUUCUAUUUUUUCACCAAGCACAAUGUAUGCAGAAGAAUAUGUAUGUAUGUAUACAUUAUUAACAAAGAUCUGAUAAAAUAUGAUUUUUUAUAAAAUUUAAAUGUGACAGCAGAAAGAUAAGAUUUUGCAUUAAAUUUAAUAAAAUAAGGUAUUAUACAAGAAAAAGAAAUUGUUAAAAUAACCUAUAUUUGUCUCAUAAGAGUUAAGAGUCUAUAGUCUAUAGUCUAUAAUACAAUUAUGUAACUUUAUUUAAUUAAAUAAUUUCUAAAAAUAUUUAACUCAAAUAAAUGUAUGAAUGUACAAUACAUAGCUGGACUGUUAAAUUUUUUUUUUUUUAUUAACAAGAUUUAUUCAAAUUAUGUAAAUUAAAUUACAUACAAUAAUUUCAGGUUUUUUUUCAACAUCAACUAUUAAAAUUGAAUGAUCACAAACAAGUCCUUCAGCAAUAAAAUGUUUUAUAAUUAAAUCAGCAUUUCUUCCAUAAUUUUCUUCUUCUGUAAACAAAAAAUUAACUUGAUUAACUGAUGAGUUAUUGGAACUAUAUUUAUACUACGUAUUUACAAUUUGUAAACAAAUUGUGUUUCUAUUCAAGUGACAAGCGUUUGAAAUGAAUCCCUUAAUAAACAUGAUUAAUAAUAUUUUAUAAUAAAACAUGACAUAUUGCUAUGCUCCAAUAAUACAAGUGAUGGUGUGAGGAAAUGCUUCACAAAAAUAUAUGAAGUAUGGUACUUUAUGGAUACAAAACUUGGAUAGUUAACGAUGCACAGCAAUCCUCAAAAUCUUUUAAAUGUGAUAUUGGUGAAGGAUAGUGUGAGUUUAAAUAGAACAACAUUGUAUCAUCAAAAGCAUGUUCAACAAAAUAAAUGACCACAGAGAGAUACACAAAGCAAUAUUAAAGCAAAAUAAUUAAAAGGAAAUUAAAGGAACAUGAAGGCACACAUAAUGAAGCAUGAAAAUAAAUUAAUUUAUAGAAUAAUAAAAGGGAAAAUUGAAGAAAAUAAAUGCCAAGACAACAAAGAACUUAUGUCAAACAUAUUAUUUCUGACGCUACACCAAACUAAAAAGAAUAGCUAUCAACAAGAAAGAGUAGAGAGUGUAAAAUAGACUGCAAAACCAACCAUAAGGUUGACUACAAAAAAAUCAUGUCAUAAAUAUCAUAACAUAAAACAGAAAAACUUGACAUGUAAUCUUGUAUUAAAAGACACUUUUUUGGAACAAAUCUAGUUUACGACCCAAGCUCGUUUUUCAAAAUUUUGUUUUCGAAAUUUAUGUUUUUGCCUGUACAUUAGAAAUCUAAAAAAAAAAUAGUCGGACGAACUUCAAUGAAAGUUAUGGUGUAAAAACUUUAUGAAGUUCGGUUUUUCAUUUCACGUAUUUCUUGGUAAGAAUUUAAUAUUUUCAACAAACACGCCGUGUUUCGCUGUGUUCACUCGGACAAUAUAAAUCGAAAAUAACCUUCGAUUUGUUAUGCAAAAUUAUUUGAGUAGGUAACAAGGUAAAGUGAAAAAGCAUUAUAAGUAGGUAGGUUUAUGUACAUUAAUUAUAAAUAUAAGUAUAAUAGGUAAGUUUUGAUUAUACCAAUGCAUUAGGCAUUAAAAAACCACUCAUUUUGGAAAAAAAAAAAUUGAAAAUGUUAAUUCUAAUAAAGAAAUAAUAACUUCCAAACGAAGUUUGUCUGACUGUUUUUUUAGAUUCUUAAUUUACUGGCAAAAAAAGAUACUUCAAAAAAAAAAAAAAAUUAAAAACGAGCUUGGAUUGUAAAUUUAGUUUAUACCAAACCUUGUUGUUAACACAAAAAUGGGAGAAACUCAAAACCAACACUACACUAAUUUAUUUAUAUAUCUAUAAUGAAUAGAAACACCAAAAGUUUACGGUCAGCCUUUACAUUGCUUUCCCGCUAGGUCAUCUAGCACUUUUGCUAUCUACAUCUAUAAAAAAUGAACAUGCUAAAGUGUUAUUUUUUGUAGCAUUUAGGGCAUAAUAAUAAUAGUCUAAAACGAUCGAAACAUUAACUUCAUUGUUUCAAUGGAUGUAUAUGUAGAUGUAUAUGUUUAAACACUUAUAAAUUUUAUAAAAUUAAAUAUCUAUAAAUUAAAUUAUUACAAAAACUAGUAGUAAGUAUACAAAUAUAAAAACUGUAAAUAUUAUACCUAUAUAUAAAUUAUGCAUUUCUACAAGUUUAUUUUUGCUACUAUUGUGAUGACAAAUUUAAACAAAAAAAUUACAUUCAAACCAAAUUCAGACAACCGAAAAUUUUUGGUCUUAAAAAAUGGUAAGCCUAAAAUAAUUUGAUGUACAAAAAUGUGCCUUCUCCUUAGAGAAUUUGUAGAUCCACUCCAGUAAUGUGAUAAAAAUUCGAUUAAAUUGUUUUACAAUAAAACUAAUAGUUUGAAGAUACUUUAUGCAUAAAUUAUUAAUACUAUUAAUUUACACAAUCAUUAAAACUUACCUACAAGAGUCAAGGUGCCAAUUGCAAUACCGCCAUCUAAAUAUUGAAAAAUGAAAAAGAGUAAAUAAGAGUAAACCAAUAAUGAAAUAUUGAUACUAUUAAAGGUUUUACCUAAAACGGCGUCAAGAGAUACGAUUCCAGUAGAAAUUAAAAUUUGAUUUUUGGUCACAGACGUUUUUGUACCUUUUACCUUUAAACUUUUUCUUUGGGUAAUAGUAUGGGACUGUAGUAAGUUAAACGACAUUUUGUGAAAAGUAAUUGAUCAAGUAACCAGGGAUGAAAUUUCAUUUAUUAUACAAGAAAUAAAUUGAAGUUUGAAAUAUGCGAGAUUGACGACAGAUACUAUAACGAAUACUACAAAUAAUGUAAAUUUACAUUAUUUAAAGUUUAUUUACAGUAUUUGAUAACAGUUCUGUGAUAAAAUAAUACUUGAUAAGUACUAUUUUGUAUCAUUACUUUUUUCUUAGGUCGUGCAUUUCCAAACUGGUAUACUUAUCUAUGGCACAAAUAUUGAAACGUCCCAAACAAAACAUUAUAUUGAAACAGAUAUAAAAUUAUAGCAGUUGGUAAGUUGUAACUAUGUAGUUAAAUUUUACUCUAUGUACCUCUAUUUUAUUUAUGAACUGUUUUAUAGAUAACACUGACAAUAAUAAUUUAGUUUAAUAAUUUUAAUAACUCAUUAAUAAUUCAUUUUCAUUUUUUUCAUAUUGUUCAAUUUUAAGUACUUAUCUUUGAAAAUGGCGAAAAAUUUAGGUGAGUAUUCUGAGUUGUUUUUCCUUAUGUAUUUUCAAUAAUUAUUAAUGCAAUUACUGUUUUCCUCUAUAGUUCAAUGUCAGCAGCAUCCAGAUGCUCCAUUGAUUGAAGAUUACAGGGCAGGCGAUCAAAUAUGUUCUGAAUGUGGUCUUGUGGUCGGUGAUCGAGUGAUUGAUGUUGGUUCUGAAUGGAGAACAUUCAGUAAUGACAAAGGCAGCAAUGGUGCUGAUCCUUCUCGUGUAGGAGGUGCAGAAAAUCCAUUACUUAAUGGUUCAGACUUGUCAACACUGGUGGGACCUUCUAGGGGAGAUGCAUCAUUUGAUGAGUUUGGUGGCAUGAAAUACAAAAAUAAAGGUAUGGUCAACUCAACCAAUCGUUCUCUACUUAAUGCAUAUAGAGAAAUUGGUCUUAUGGCUGAUCGUAUUAAUUUGCCAAGAAAUAUAGUGGACAGAGCAAAUGUACUUUUCAAACAAGUACACGAUGGAAAAAAUCUUAAAGGUCGUUCAAAUGAUGCCAUUGCAUCAGCAAGUUUAUAUAUUGCUUGUAGACAAGAAGGUGUACCACGCACAUUUAAAGAAAUAUGUGCUGUAAGUAAAGUCAGUAAAAAAGAAAUAGGAAGAGUUUUCAAGCUCAUAUUAAAGGCUUUGGAAACUAGUGUUGAUUUGAUAACAACUGGAGAUUUUAUGUCAAGAUUUUGUUGUAAUUUGGGAUUACCUAACAUGGUGCAGAGAGCAGCUACUCACAUUGCUAAAAAAGCUGUUGAAUUUGAUAUUGUACCGGGUCGGUCACCAAUAUCUGUAGCAGCCGCAGCAAUAUUUAUGGCUUCUCAAGCAUCUGACGAAAAACGUUCUCAAAAAGAAAUCGGUGACAUUGCUGGAGUUGCUGAAGUUACAAUUAAGCAGUCGUACAAACUAAUAUUGGCCAAUGCUAGUUUACUAUUUCCCGAAGACUUUAAGUUUGUAACUCCGAUUUCUGAACUUCCAACAUCCUAAUUAUUAAAACUACUAUGCUAAUAUAUAUUUUUUAGCUAACUGUUUAACAAAAUUAUAAUAUUAAUGAACAAUUUAAAUUUAUUUUCAUCUCACUUUUUCAGCAUAAUUUAAAUAAGUAUAUUAUCAAUC